UGGCUGAAAACCUCUGUUAUUAAGGGGAUUAAGAACCAGUUGAUAGAGCAGUUUCCGGGCAUCGAGCCGGGGCUCAACCAGAUCCUGCCCAAGAAAGACCCGGUGAAGAUCAUGCGCUGCCACGAGCACAUCGAGAUCCUGACGGUCAAUGGGGAGCUGCUGUUCUUCAGGCAGCGCGAAGGGCCUUUCUACCCGACGCUGCGGCUGCUGCAUAAGUUCCCCUUCAUCCUGCCGCACCAGCAGGUGGACAAGGGCGCCAUCAAGUUUGUGCUCAGCGGGGCCAACAUCAUGUGCCCCGGCCUGACGUCCCCGGGCGCGCAGCUGUACCCCGCCGCAGCUACUAUGGGGGGUGACAUCGAGAACCAGGACAGAAGAAGCCAGAGCUCGUUAAUCGGGGUGAAUAAACUUGGGCUGAGGCUUGAUGACAAGCACAACGUCCGGCACAAGGCGCUCAACAGAUUUUACUUUAACUGA